CUGCAGGUUUACUUUCACUUUUACCCUCGGAACGGCGCCGCUGAUUUUCUACCUUCAAGCCUCUAUCUGAAGGUAACAUAACCAGUUUUAAUGCUUUACUUGUUCAAAUCAGUUGUGAAGAGUUCAGCUCCCGCAUUAACAGGUGAUCUCUGCAGACAUCACUGUAACGGSCUGCCRGAAACGGGGAGCUCGAUAAUAAGAAGGGACUGUUACUCCUGUCCGCCAUGAUGGUUGAGCAGAGUUAGAGUUCAGCGCCAGAGUUACUUGCUGGUCAGCAGAUGAAAAGAGAGACAUUGUUCUUCGUGUGGAGCUUCUCCAAGCAGGUGUUACAGAUUUUUCUGUAAUACCUGUCCAGCCUCCGGAGGACCGGAGAGGAGCCGCUGUUCUCCCCGCUGUCUGACGCACUUAAACCGGACAGAGUUCUAACGGACAGCCGCUGGAGAGCAGCUCUGACUCUCCGGYUCUUUUUAUUUAUGCUACAAGUUAUUAAUGACGGCUGAAGAUGAAGGUAGACGGAGUGUGAGCUGAGCAGGAUGGAUCAGGUUGAGGACGGAGAGGACGCAGUCCGUCCCUCUAAGAGGAAACAACCAGAACCAGAGACUGGAUCUGGACCGAGCUGCGAGUCCCUGUGCAGUGACAUGUCAAAGGGUCGGCUCAUUAAUUUUAAACAGAACCAGCCUCCUAGAAAGAGGAAGCAACCUGGACCAGAACCAGAACCUGGAUCCCUACACAGUGACUCAUCAAAGGGUCGGCUCAUUGAUUUUAAGGGAGUGGACCAGCAGAGCUCAGAGGUUCCCACUGGUCCGACUGCCCCUGGGCUUCAAACCCCGCUGGACUCCACAUUUAUGGAGGUGGAACAAUACAUGUUCACUUUUAUGAAGGAACAGUUAAACAAGUUUAAAACAUAUCUGAGCCCAUUUGGUUCAGAGUGUUUAGAGAGUCAGAUGGAGGGUGAGGAUGAGGAGCACAGGAAGAACAGAGAGCACUUACUUCACAUGACUGUGAGCAUCCUGAGGAAGUUGAAUCAGGAGGAGCUGGCUACACGCCUGCUCAACAGUUCUCCUGUCACCUGCCAAAGUAAUCUUAAAGCAAAGAUGAAGAAAACAUUUCAGCAGAUCUUUGAAGGGGUUCCUAAAGCUGGAAAAUCGAUGCAUUUGAGUCAGAUCUACACAGAGCUCCACAUCACAGAGGGAGGGACUGGAGAGGUCAAUGAUGAACACGAGGUCAGACAGAUUGAAACAGCAUCCAGGAAACCAUACAGACCAGAAAUGGCUAUAAAACUAGAAGACCUCUUUAAGGCCGCACCAGGCAGCGAUUGGCCAAUCAGAACAGUAAUGACCAUGGGAGUAGCUGGCAUUGGGAAAACACUGUUAACACAGAAGUUCACUCUGGACUGGGCUGAAAGCAAAACCAACCAGAACAUCCAGUUCAUAUUUCCAUUCACCUUCAGAGAGCUGAAUGUSCUGAAAGAGAAAAAGUUCAGCUUGGUGGAACUGAUUCAUCACUUCUUUACUGAAACCAAAGGAAUCAGCAGCUUUGAACAGUUCCAGGUUCUGUUCAUCUUUGAUGGCUUGGAUGAGAGUCGACUUAGUCUGGACUUCAACAACAAGGAGAUCCUGACUGAUGCUACAGAGUCCAGCUCAGUGGAUGUUYUGCUGACAAACCUCAUCAGGGGGRAACUGCUUCCCUCUGCUCUCCUCUGGAUAACCACACGACCUGCAGCAGCCAAUCAGAUCCCUCCUCAGUGUGUUGGCAUGGUGACAGAGAUUAGAGGGUUCACCAACUCACAGAAGGAGGAGUACUUCAAGAAGAGAUUCAAAGAUGAGGAGCAGGCCAACAGAAUCAUCUCCCACAUCAAGACAUCACGAAGCCUCCACAUCAUGUGCCGCAUCCCAGUUUUCUGCUGGAUCACUGCUACAGUUCUGGAGGAUAUGUUGGAAACCACAGAAGGAGGAAAACUGCCUAAGACCCUGACUGAGAUGUAUAUCCACUUCCUGGUGGUUCAGACCAAAGUGAAGAAGGUCAAGUAUGAUGGAGGAUCUGGAACAGAUCCACUCUGGAGUCCAGACAACAAGAAGAUGAUUGAGUCUCUGGGAAAACUGGCUUUUGAUCAGCUGCAGAAAGGAAAUGUGAUAUUCUAUGGAUCUGAUCUUAAAUAUUGUGACAUCGAUCUCAGAGCAGCCUCAGUGUACUCAGGAGUGUUCACACAGAUCUUUAGAGAGGAGAGAGGGCUGUACCAGGACAAGGUGUUCUGCUUCGUCCAUCUGAGUGUUCAGGAGUUUCUGGCUGCUCUUCAUGUUCAUCUGACUUUCAUCAACUCUGGUGUCAAUCUUCUUGAAGAAAAUCAGACAUUUCUCCAAAAAUCUAAAAGAAAACAUGAAAAACAUCAGUUCUUCCAGAGUGCAGUAGACAUGGCCUUAAAAAGUCCCAAUGGCCACCUGGACUUGUUCCUCCGCUUCUUCCUGGGUCUUUCUCUCCAGACUAAUCAGACUCUCUUGAAGGACCUGUUGACACAAGAAGAGCCCAGCACAGAAACUACUGACGAAGCAGUCAAAUACAUAAAGAGGAAGAUGAGUGAGAAGUUUGCUGCUGACAAAAUCAUCAAUCUUUUCGACUGCCUAAGUGAAAUGAAUGAUCUUGCCCUUGUAGAAGAAGUCCAAGAGUCUCUGAGUUCAGGAAGUCUCUCCACUGAUAAGCUGUCUUCUGCCCAGUGGUCAGCUCUGGUCUUCAUCUUGUUGUCGUCAGAAAAAGAUCUGGAUUUGUUUGACUUGAAGAAAUUCAUCAAUUCAGAUGAGGACUUUGCAAGGUUGCUACCAGUUCUCGAAGUGUCCAACAAAGCCCUAUUAAGUGUCUGUAACCUUUCGCCAAGCACAUGUGCGACCCUUUCCACAGUUCUAAGUUCUCAGUCUUCUCAUUUGAGAGAGUUGGACUUGAGUAACAAUGACCUGAUGGAUACGGGAGUAACGCUUUUAUGUGGAGGACUCGGAAGUGAACAAUGCACUCUAACGACUCUAAGGCUGUCAGGCUGUCUGAUCACAGAGGAAGGCUGUGCUUCUCUGGCCUCAGCUCUGCGCUCCAACCCCUGCCAUCUGAAUGAGUUGGACUUGAGCUACAACCAUCCAGGAGAGGAAGGGGUGAAUAAGCUGACUGCACUGGAUUCUUUCUGGAAACCGGAAAAACUGAGGGUGGAGCCUGCUGGUGCCAAGUGGUUGACACCAGGUCUGAAGAAGUAUUCCUGUCAACUCACCAUCGACACAAACACAGUGAACAGAAAGCUCCAGCUGUCUGAAGACAACAGGAAGGUUACUGGUGUGGAUGAGGUCCAGUCUUACCCUGACCAUGAAGAGAGAUUUGAUUACUGGCCCCAGGUUCUGUGCAAGGAAAGCCUUCCUGAUCGCUGCUACUGGGAGGUUAUUUGGAGUGGGAAGGUUGAGAUCUCUGUGAGCUACAGUGGAGUCCAGCGUAAAGGAAGCAGUAAUGACUGUGAGUUUGGAUUCAACAACAUGUCCUGGAGUCUGAGCUGCUCAGAUGAGGGUCGUUAUUCUGUCUGCCAUGAGAACAAAAGGGAGUUUAUCUCCUCCUGCUCAUCUUCUGCUCCCUACCACAAAGUAGGAGUGUAUGUGGACUACCCAGGUGGUACUCUGUCCUUCUACAGAGUUUCUUCUGAAAUACCGAUCCAUCUCCAUACCCUCAAGACAGAAUUCACUCAACCCCUUUAUCCUGGUUUUGGGUUCUGGACGGGAUCUUCAGUCACUCUUUGUUAAGUAGAGUUUUGUCCUCAUGGUGACAGAAAAUCUCCAGAUCAGUGGAGAUUUUCUUUAAUAAAACAUUAAACAUUUUAUUAUUUUCUUUAAUAAAACAUCUCCAGAUCAACUCAACCAAAUCAUGUUUACACAUGAUUUGGUUGAGUUAAGAAUGUAAAAAGAAAUAUUUUGCGUCAUUCUAGAUGAAACGGAAAAAUGAUGGUGAACAAAUGGAAAUUGUUUUCAGUCAUCUUUGAUGGAAAAUUAACACUUAUAUUUAAAUAUUUAUCAUCAUGUAAGUGGGGUGUGUUUGGGGCUUUAUGGUGCAUUCACACCAUAAAGCGGACUAAUUUCCUGAUUAAAGCAGACUAAUUUCCUGAUUAGCCCGCUUUAAUCAAACUCUGGUUCUUUUAUAGAAUCCAGUUUGUUUGCCGAGAUAUGAAUGUGUAAUCAAACUCUGAAGCAGACCAAAAAAGUGAAAGUGAACUCUGGUGCAUUCAAAUUCAUAUGUGAAUGCCCAGUGGACCAGAGACUGCUCCAAAAGCAGGAAAUGGACUGCAGUGCAGGGCGGUAAAUACAACUAAAACAAAUGCAUUAGCCUAACACUAGCGGUAGAAAUGUCAUCGAGAAAUCAUACAACUCCUGAAAUCUGACGCCACUCCGUUGUUUCCAUUUGUGAGGAAGGAAGUUGUGAUCAGUGUCUUCUUUGGAAGUUUCAGUGUAUUUUCCUUCAGUAGUUCCUGGUGCAGCGCCACCACAGGCGAGGAGAGGAACAGAUUUUUCAGUUUAGAUUUAGUGUGAAAGUGAAUCGGCGUCAGCUGAAAAUGUAACAAAUGUAAGUAUGCUACAAUGAAAUGAGCUCAGUUUUUUUUAUUGUGGUUUAAAUUUGUUGUGGAGAAACUAAACAAACAUUAAAAAUGAAAUGUGGUGAAAUAUGCUAAUUUUGUUUUUAUGCUGAAGUUGUGUUUUUCUAUUUUAGUGGUAAUCUGCCUUUCUGCUUUAAUGAAACUGUUCCAUGUGCUUGUAUUUGUUUCUAUACCACCAAAUGCUACAAUAACUCUAAAAUAGUGAGUAUUUAUCAGCUGGAAACAAAGACGAGCCUGAGAAAGUCCACUGAGACUUUCUAAAUACAUUAUUAUACAUGUGAUUGUAAAGUUGUAUCUACAACUAGAGCAGAAUAAACACAUUUUAAUAUUAUCCAGCAAAAAAUAUAUUUUUAAACGAAAACUAUUUGAAAGUAAACUGUAGUUACUUUAACAAACAUAUUUAUUGAUAUAGUAAUUUUAACUGCAUUUCACAGAUGAAAUAAAGAAUUUCUCACAAACCUA